CUCCUCGCCCGCCUCACUUCUCUUCCUCACUUUCCACAACCAAGGUUUUAGUCCUUGACUUCCUACCCUCCAGCUGCACCCUGAGUCCCCCGACUCCUUUUAACUCCGCACUCUUCCUAUUUCAGGGCACCUCACAUUCUGCAGGGAUUUGGGCACGGGGCCUCCCACUAUCUGUCCCACACCCAGGGAGUGGCCCCUCAGAGGAGAAGCCAAAGUCCCUUGGAGGGGAACUGGAUGCGACCCCAAAGGAUCGGACCCCCAAAACCUCCAUUCCUGCUCCUGCCCAUUCCCAGGGACACCUUUCUCCACAGUGGAUAGCAGAGGAAGGAAGAGCUCACCCCAGCUGGAUUCCUGAGCCAGGGCCAGGGCUCCCGUUUUCACAGCCGCGCUCUACUCUGAGCAGGGCCAUCCUGCAUGCUUAAUCGGCUAUUUAAGGAGCUGUUCGCCAGCAACCCAGGCAGCCCCCCCUCCCCACGUACACCCGUCCAGAGCCACCUUAAAAGCAGGAGGCAAUUGGAAGUAGCUGGCCAGCAAGUGAAGACUCCAAAGAAAGGUAAAAAGAGAGAGGGCAGAAAGAGAAGCAGUGAGAUUUAUCCUGGGACCAGAAACUCACGGUACCCCCACGGAAAACCAAAUCCCUUGGAAGCCCGCAGGGACACAAAGACAGCAAGAGAGAAAGACAAAUACACUCAACUCCGGGAAACUCCUGUCCUCCCCCCGCAACCCCGCCCCUCUCUCCCUACCCCCUCUCUCUUCCUCCCCCAUCUCUCUCCCUGCCCUAGUCCUCUAGUCCCCAGACCCCCAGUACCUUGCACUCCUUCCUGCCACACCAUGUUGUUCUUCACCCUCCUGCUAGAGGUGAUUUGGAUCCUGACUGCCAACGGGGGUCAACACUGGACGUAUGAGGGUCCACAUGGUCAAGACCACUGGCCCGCCUCUUACCCUGAGUGUGGAAGCAAUGCCCAGUCCCCCAUCAAUAUCCAGACAGACAGUGUGACUUUUGACCCUGACUUGCUACCUCUGCAGCCCCAUGGAUAUGAACAGCCUGGCACUGAGCCUUUGAACCUGCACAAUAAUGGCCACACAGUACAACUCUCUCUGCCCUCUACCCUGUAUCUGGAAGGACUUCCCCGAAAAUAUGUAGCUGCCCAGCUCCACCUGCACUGGGGUCAGAAAGGAACCCCCUGGGGGUCAGAGCACCUGAUCAACGGCAAAGCCACAGCUGCAGAGCUCCACAUCGUACAUUAUGACUCUGAGUCCUACGAAAGCCUGAGUGAGGCUGCUCAGAGGCCUCAGGGCCUGGCUGUCUUGGGCAUCCUCAUUGAGGUGGGUGAGACUAAGAAUCCAGCUUAUGAACACAUUCUGAGUCACUUGCAUGAAAUCAAGCAUAAAGAUCAGAAGACCUCCGUGCCUCCCUUCAAUGUGAGAGGGCUGCUCCCGCCGCUGCUGGCACAGUACUUCCGUUACAACGGCUCGCUUACCACUCCGCCCUGCUACCAGAGUGUGCUCUGGACAGUCUUCCAUCGAAGGGCCCAGAUUUCCACGGAACAGCUGGAAAGGCUUCGGGAGACAUUGUUCUCCACGGAGGAGGAGCCCUCUGAGCCACUGGUACAGAACUACCGAGCCCCCCAGCCUCUCAAUCAGCGGAUGGUCUUUGCUUCUUUCAUCCAAGUGGGACCCUCGUAUACCACAGGUGAAAUGUUGAGUUUGGGAGUAGGAAUCCUGGUUGGCUGUCUCUGCCUUCUGCUGGCUGUUUAUUUCAUCGCUAGAAAGAUCCGGAGGAAGAGACUAAGAAACCGGAAAAGUGUGGUCUUCACUUCAGCACGAGCCACCGAGGCAUAGACUCCUUCCUGGACACUUCAGAUGCCUUCCACUUGCUCGGCUGUCACGGCGCUUGUCAAGUGAGGCGCUGGAACUGGCCAGAAAAUACUGUAGGAGUAGGCCAACACCCCUCUUUCUUCCAGACAGUCCCUACACAGCGGUACGGACAGGCUUUCAUUCAAGGAAGAACAACAGAACCUUCAGCCUCUCAGAACAUGGAGAUCAGGACAGCCCUACGGGGACAAUGCGGAGGCUCAACUGUGUGUAGCUGUAGGGGGAUGUGGCCCACAGUCCCCCGUCCCCUUAUCUUUAUAACCCUGUCCCUAGAUAGAGCUGUAAGAGCUCCCCUUAGGAAAAAGGGUUGCUGCUGUUUAUUUUGGGUUUUUCUUUUGCUCAAUAUAUUUGGAAAUUAAAGCUGCUGACCCCACGUCUGGUUUUACUCCUGGA